UUGUUGACCAAAAUUUACAGUCGCUCUCCUGUUCAAUCGACUAAUGAAAUUUACCAACUUCUGUUUCGUAAUUUCUUGUAUUCCGAUCCUCCCUUUUUUUUUUCUCUUUUUGCGGCCAAGUCUAAAGAAGGCGCAUGCUUGCCGUUUCAGUUCUUGUGUUUUAUUCAACUAACUUUUUAGAAAAAAUAAAAUUCCCACUGUGAGAUCGACUUCUCGGCCAUUGAGGAUAUCACCGACGUGGUGGCGCGAUCGGAAUUAUAAAACCGACGGCCAGGAUGAGUUCCCAAUCGGCCAGAGGAUUCAAGAAACGGAGAGAGGGCGCCACGUCAUCAAAACCACCUCUACCUCCUCCAACGGCCGUUAGACGACGCGCCGUUACUGUGAACAAAACAGCGACGACGACGACGCCGUCUGAGGGAUCUCAAUCCAACCGGCUUCUAGCCGGCUGUAUGGCUCACGAAUACUUGACCAACGGUACGUUGUUUGGGCAGAAACUUGAUCCGGCUCGAGCCGAGGCCGCCGUAGCGGUUAAUUCAGGCGAGAGCCAGAUAUCGGAAGCCGAGCCGACGGCGCGGGGCUAUGCGGAGGUGGCACUUUUACUGAGGAGCGAGGGAGUACGCAUACCUGGAGUGGUGAACCCCACGCAAUUAGCCAAGUGGAUUGAAUGUGGGCGCAUCACGACACGUGGAGCAAAAUAAUUGGUUGGGGCUUAGAGGGCACGUGUCAAACGUGUAGACUCCAUUGAUUGUUAUCGAUCUGUGUUUCUUUUGUCCAUCAGAAAGAAAGAAAGAUCGAGAGAGGAAGACAUUGAUGCAGCUCAAAUCUUUUCUUCAAUAUCUGAAAGCAAGAUGUAUCAAAAGCAUGCAUCUAUGUCUUAUUGACUUUCUUUCCCAUCAGUCUUAUGAUAGAAUCUAUUAAAAUAUAAUGAUCGAAUAAGAAUGCAA